CGCGCACACACAAAAUAAGGAGAUUCCUUCGCAAAAUGUGAAUGAGUGAAUCUCAAUUUAAAAGUAGACCCGGUAAAUGAAAACCACCCGAAGUCUUUCCCAUUUUGCUCAAACCCUAGCUCAACACUCUCUCACUAUAUCUACAAAUUCACUCUGCUAAAGGUAUGUUUUUACUCUGUUGAUCUGUGUGCUAGGGUUUCGUAUCAGUAUCUUUGUUUUAAGCUGUAUUACAUGUGCUCAGUUAUGAAUAAUAACGUUGAAUUAGAUACUGAAAUAAAGGAUUUUGGCGGGUCCCGCUCUGGUUUUGGUAGCUCUACUGAGGAUAUUAAGUGUGAGCUUGUUAAUGAUGUUGUUGUUAGUGGUUUAAAUGAAGCUAGGGUUUCUGAAAUGGGAGGUUUUGGAGGGGAUUUGGGUGGAAAUGUAGAUGCGGAAGUCGAGGAGAGUAAAGUGUUUGGUGAGGGGAAUGGUCGAGGGGAGUUGAGUGAUGGGGAGACCGAGGGUUUAAGUAGUGGUAAGAAAGGAAAGAAUGAGAAGUCGAAAGAAGUUUCUAGAAAAGGAUUUGAGGAGAAGACGGGGAGUUUUUAUGAAGUUGGAGAUUUGGUUUGGGGGAAGGUGAAAUCGCACCCGUGGUGGCCGGGACAAGUGUAUAGUGAAGAGUUGGCGUCGGUUGCUGUUCGGAGAUCGAAGACGGAGGGGUAUGUGUUGGUGGCGUUUUUUGGUGAUUGUAGUUAUGGUUGGUUUGACCCUUCGGAGCUUGUGCCGUUUGAUUCUAGUUAUGCUGAGAAAGCACAGCAGACGAGUUUGAGGACUUUUGUGAAGGCGGUUGAAGAAGCUGUUGAUGAGGCGAGUAGGAGGCGUACUUUGGGUUUGGCAUGUCGGUGUAGGAAUGCUUAUAAUUUUCGUCCAACUACUGUUUCAGGGUACUUGACUGUUGAUGUCGGGGAUUUUGAGAAUGGAGCUGUAUAUUCUGUGGAUCAGAUUAGGAAAUCGAGGGAUGAUUUUCGGCCUAGGGAGAUGCUGAAUUUUGUCAAUCAACUGGCAUUGUCAUCUGUUAAUGUUGAGCAUGAGGCUAUAGAUUUUGUAAAGAAUAAGGCUACCGCUCUUGCUUACAGGAAGGCAGUCUACGAGGAAUUUGAUGAGACCUAUGCGCAGGCAUUUGGUCACGAGCCAGAAAGACCUUCUCGUAAACUACUAGACGUUAGCCAGCCACCUAAACUUGCAACCCCAGCUCCAUUGAGUGGCCCUCUGGUAAUUGCUGAAGUUCUUCGCAAAGGGAAAGGCUCUGUGAAAUCACAUAAAUCCAAGGACCCUGUAAAGAAAGAUCAAAAUCUCUUUGAAUGGAGAGAUGAACCAGAUGAUGUAAAAACUACUUCCUCAGAGCAGCCAGUUUAUGGGGAGGGUUCUUUAGCAACUGCAGCUGGUGAACAUGCCCUGCAAAAAAAGUCUCCAUUCGUCUCUAAAAAGCACAAGGUUUCAGCAAAACAUCAGCGGAGAGAGAGUUCAUCAAGGGGUGAGGUCUCAAAUCCGAGACAGGAAUCUGGUGAGAAAGGAGGCAUUACUAUGGAUAAUAAGACUGCUGGGGUGGGGGUUGGCAUGAUUGAUACUAAUAAUGGGAAAGCAGUAGGUGAAGAGAGCUUUAAAUCUGAAGCGGGAGUGGGUCAUGUUGGGAUGAAUACUACUGAUUCAGUAGCUGACAGGCCUUGUCCAGUCGAUGUCAGUGAUGAUAAAGCACGCCCAACAACAUAUGAAUCGGUAAAAAGUUUAGAGCAGUCUUCGAGUUUGGCAGCUAAACAUAAGUUACAUGGAGAACUAGGUCAAGAUGGUUGUGUUGCACAUCCUCUAGGGACAGGUGAUGCAAAGUCUCGCCAAGAAGGUUCGCAUCUUCAAAGUGGUAUUGAAGCUAAAUUCAAGGUUCGUAAGCGACCUUCGGAGGAACUGAACGGUGAGAGUUCAAACCCAUUGAUGAAGAAGCGGAAGAAGCAAAUAAUAAGCUCUAAAAAUAUGAAGAUGCCCCUAUCUGGUGGAAAAUUUGAGCCAUCAGUGGGGAAAACUGCUAAAUUACCUAGGGAUAGUGCCAUCUCAUCCCGAGAGGUUUUGCAGGUAAAUCAGCAUAUUAAAAAAGAGAAGGUCUCAUAUGAGGCAGAGAAGAUGAGUCAAGUGGCGACAGUAGGGUUGGAUAUUCAACAGCUACUACAUUCUCUGCAAGAUCUUGCUCGCUGUACGGCAGGUAGUAGUGGUUGUAUGCCAGUUGUACGCCAGACUUUUCUAAGAUAUCGUUCGCUUGUAUUUGAAAAGAGCUUGGUCCCAUCACCAGCUGCUGAUGGUGAUUCGACUGAAAUUUGUUAUAGUGAUCUUCCAGCUGUUACCAAAGCAAAUAAUAUCCAUGCGGAAGGUGUCAGAGAGCGGUCGACUAGUAAACUGCAGAAACAAAUGGUUAGGCCUGAUGAUCCUUCCACAGGUGGGCGGAAACGUGGACCAUCUGAUCGCCUAGAAGAAAUUGUUGCAAAGAAGAAGAAAAAAAUCAGUGAUAUGAAAGUAUUAACAUCAGAAAAGAAGACUGUUCAGAAGACUCCCAUUGUUCAGCGAGCAGACGGGAUCAAAGAAACAAGUGGGCCAACAGUGAGAUCACUUAAACCAGCACCUCUUAGAAAACCAGAGACUUACUAUGCAAGAGCACCAGAUCCUGUGAUGCUGGUAAUGAAGUUCCCACCCCAAGGAACACUGCCAUCUAUUAUGGAGCUGAAGGCUCGGUUUGCUCGUUUUGGACAGUUGGAUCAUUCUGCUACUCGAAUAUUCUGGAAGACCUUAACAUGUCGUCUGGUCUAUCGCCACAGGGCUGACGCAGAGUCGGCGUGCAAAUUUGCUUCAUCUAAUAGUACGUUGUUUGGGAAUGUGGGUGUCAAAUGCUACACACGGGAGGUUGACGUUGCAGCAUCUGUCACUGAACCCGGACAAGCUCAGAAGGAAGACUCAUCAAAGGGCACCUCACAGUCGAGAGAUUUGGCGGUUGAGCAAAGACCAGCAACAUCUCUUACUUCUCGUACUCUGCAACAAUCAGGAAGCCAGCCGAAAUCCAUUCUUAAAAAAUCAAAUGGAGAUGAGACCGGUGGUACAAAUGGAGGUGGAAAAGGAACUCGUGUAAAAUUCAUUUUGGGUGAGGAAGAAACAAAUAGAGGGGGAGAGCAUUUGAUCACUGGUAAUAAGAACAUCAACAACAACGCUGUUUUUGUUGAUGGUGGUGCAUCAUCUUCUACUUCUCAUCCUGGAAUGGAUUUUAAUAGUAAGAAUAUUGUCAUUCCUCCACCUCCCUUGCCUAUGCUUCCUAUACCUACUGCUGCUCAAUUUUUAAGACCGCCGAACUAUUUGCCCUUUACUGAAUUAGUAUCAAGAAAUCCUCAUAAUUACAAUGUCAUGAUCCCACCACUGGUGACACCACCAUCCCCUAAAAUCGAUAUAUCACUACAGAUGUUGGGUCUGUUGCACAAGUGCAAUGAUGUUGUUAACAAAUUGACAGCCUUCCUAGGAUAUCUGCCUCUACAUCCUCUUUGAAUCUGAGACUGAAAGCUACUGUUAUAUAGUAACGACGGGAAAGAAAAUAAGAAAAGAUAUCAUACACGGACAAUACAGCGAGCGUGUGAAACAUUAAAUAGGUGAAGGGUUGAUUUUUAAGAUGAAGAAAUUGAGCUGGUUAAACGUGUUUAGUACUCAGAAGAUGAGAUUUUUUGGUGAAGUGGUCCCAAGUUUAAAUUUCUUCAAAGCAUUCCCCUGUCUCAUCAGUCCCAAGUUAAAAUUGUUGGGUAAAGAAACCAAAUUCUUCAAAUCAUGAGGUGGAUAUAUUGAAGACUGCAGCUGGAAGAUCGUUACUUUGCGCUCUCUUAUGCUGUGGGGCUAAUAUGUAUUUUGUUAUUGGUGUUUGAUGAUUUAUAAUUUUGAAACUUGUGAUAUAUUGGAGAUUUGGAUAUUAUUUUCUCCAGUUCAAUGGCUAGUUUGCUAAUGAA